UUUUCGUCCCUCGCUGAUCGACCGUGCGCUAAAACCCUAACUCCGCCUCUUCUCUCUCGCAUCCAUGGCGCCGAAACGACCUCUCCCGUCGGAGGAUCCGCCGCCCGCUUCCUCCGACGAGGAGUCUUCCUCGUCCACUGAAGACGAAGAGGAAGAAGAGAAGCAAGAAUCUGGAGAGUCGGAGGCCGGGUCUGGGUCUGACACCGACGACGAGGACGACAAGGAGGAGCAGAAAAGACCGUCACAGCCCAAGCUGUCGUCUCCUCCUCCUCCUCCUCCGCAGCAGCAAAAAUCUCAGGGACGGUCCGGGUCCAAGACGGAAUCCGAGUCGGAGUCGGAAACCGAAUCGGAGUCGGAGUCCGGGACGCGGCAAUACACCGUCAAGCCCAUAGCUUCGAAGCCCAUGGAGGAAAUCGAGACUCCGCCUGCGAAGAAGCAGAGGCCGGAGCCGCCCUCCUCCUCGAAGCAGCCCUCGGCUAAGCGUAAGAUCCAAGUGGAGGAGGAGCAGUCACCGGCUAAGCGUAAGGUCGAAGUGGAGGACUCGAAGGAAUCUAAGGACUCGAAGAAGGGGAAGAAGAAGGACGUUGCCGAGAAUGGGUCCCUGCAGAAACCUGGGGAGGAGUCGAAGAAGCCGAUGUUCCACAGGAUAUGGGGCGACGAUGACGAGGUAGCGCUGUUGCAGGGCAUGAUUGAUUUUCGCGAGAAGAAAGGUGUGGACCCUACUGCGAACACUAACGCCUUUCAUCAUUACGUCAAGAAAUCGCUCGGACAAGAGUUUACUGCUAGUCAAUUGGCGAACAAGAUUCGAGUUUUGAAGAAAAAGUACAGUAAUAAUGAAGGAAAGGGGAAGGAUGGUGGGGAUAGGGCAUUCUCGAAGCCCCAUGAAGAGAAGGUUUUCCAAUUGUCCAAGAAAAUUUGGGGUUUUAAUAAGAGCAACGAUGCCGGCGGAAGGGGCGAACAGACGCCUAUGCCCAAGGCCAAUGGUACCGCUAAGAAGAGUAAGACUGCUGGUACUUCGUCCAAGUCGAAGUUGGAAGCCUCAAAGUUGGAGGCAUGGCAGGAGAGGCCCAAGGAGAAUGGUGGACUAAUAUCAUUUGAGAACAGUGAUACAAUAGGCAUGUUGUCCUGUGAUAAGAUGUUGCAACUAUCUGGGAUCGGCUUGGAUGGGGACUUCUUGAGUAAAGGGUGGGAGAUGGUGGACGAGUUGAAAAAGGAGGAGUUUAAGGAAAAAAGGAGGAAACUGCAAUUGGCUGAGAUGCGAGUAUUGGCGGAGAGAGCCGAAUUGAUUCAAUGUCAGACUAAUCUAAUUUUAGAGGCUCACCAUCAGGCUACUGGGAAGUAGCAUGGGACUGUGGGCUCUUUUCGAUGGAUAAUAGUGUGCUAGGAUAUAUUUUGUUUAGUUUGGUUUUGGGUUCAUCGGAGUACCUUUUUUCUUCAAUUGUUUUGUAUGUUUGAUGCAUGUAAACCUUGGAUUUCCGCAUCUCUACCGAAGUUUGAUGCUAUUCUCUAAA